ACGAAGAGGGGAGGGAGCUGAUGCGCUGGGCCAGCCUCUAUAUAAAGUGAUGAGUCGAGUCUUCAGCUGUUAGUGUUGUUCUUGCUCCUGAACAUCACCAACUUAUCUGCGGUUUGCUGAAGAUCAACUUUUCCUUCGACGCUUCGUCUUUGAAUCAAGAGACAUGGAGUUAACCAUCACUAUGCUGAACGGGCAGUCCGUCAGACUGACGGUGAACCCCCAGGAGACGGUGGGCUGCCUGAAGCAGGUCAUCGAGCAGAAAAUGAAGGUGCCCGUUCAGAGGCAGCGGCUGCUGUUCGACAACGGCCAGCGGACUGACCUGAGCGACGACCUGCGGUCCGUGGGCUCCUACGGGCUGCACUCCGGCUCCACGCUGUCUCUGCUGGUGAUCGAGCCGGCCCCCGUGCAGGUGUUCCUGAGGAAUGAGAAGAACGUGCUGACCACCUACGACAUCACUCCCGAGGAGACCGUGAGCGACUUCAAGCACAGGGUCAAGGCCAGGGAGGGAGUGCCGGAGUCGCAGCAGAGGCUGGUGUACCAGGGCACGGAGAUGAGCAACGACAAAGCCAAACUGGCCGACUACAACGUGAAGGCCCUGGGCACCAUCGAACUGUUAAUGCGUCUGAGAGGAGGAAACUGAUCAUCAUCUGAUCAUCACAUAGCCUUAAACCCAGUGCUUCCUAGUUGUUUCUUAUCUUAACAACACAUUCCAACUUUUACAUGAGGAUCUAUACAUUAUUUUAUUUUUAUUUUUUUUUUUUUGGGGGGGGGGGGGGUUGAGGGAAAUGUUAAACCUGAAGCCCAUAGAUUCAAGAUUUCCAGCAGGUUUGUUACAGAUAUGUUCUGAACUUGUUCUGUAAUCCUGCUCUGAUCCUAUGUGAUUAUUAUUAUGUCUUGGCUUAAAGGUCAAGACCGUACGAUUUGGGUUAGAGGGAUCUACUGGCAAACAUUUAGUUUAAAAUAAUCACGAUGGUGUUUUCAUAUGACCUGAAUGUAUGAAGAGUUCAUGAUAAUAGAAAGUGUCACAAAAAAACGAACCUUUAAUUUAUUAUUUUCCUUGUGACAAUUUUGUUUUUUUCUAAAUGUUACGUCUUUGUUCAUUUCGUUAAGAAGCCUGUUGUAAAUAUUUUAAUAAAGUGAGUUUCAAUGUGAA